AUGGAGGAGGAGCUGAAGUGCCCCGUUUGCGGCUCCCUGUUUCGGGAGCCCAUCAUCUUGCCCUGUUCCCACAACGUCUGCCUUCCGUGCGCUCGUACCAUCGCUGUGCAGACACCGGACGGUGAGCAGCACCUGCCCCAGCCACUCCUGCACUCCCGGGGCUCGGGGCUCCCGGCCGGCGCCGCUGCGGCGCCCCCUCUGGACCACGACGCUGCGGCUGGCCCAGCCUGCGGCGGCGCGAGCGGGAGCGCAGCUGGCGGCCUGGGCGGCGGUGCGGGAGGUGGCGGGGACCACGCGGACAAGCUGAGCUUGUACAGUGAGACAGACAGUGGUUAUGGUUCCUACACCCCGAGCCUCAAGUCCCCCAACGGCGUUCGCGUGCUGCCCAUGGUGCCUGCACCGCCUGGCUCCUCGGCCGCCGCGGCCCGGGGUGCCGCCUGCUCCUCGCUGUCUUCGUCCUCCUCAAGCUCCAUCACGUGUCCGCAGUGCCACCGCAGCGCGUCCCUGGACCACCGAGGCCUGCGCGGCUUCCAGCGCAAUCGGCUGCUCGAGGCCAUCGUGCAACGGUACCAGCAGGGCCGCGGGGCGGUGCACGGGGCGUCCGCAGCCGCUGCAGUGGCCAUCUGCCAGUUGUGCGACCGCACCCCGCCGGAACCGGCCGCCACGCUAUGCGAGCAGUGCGACGUGCUCUACUGCGCUGCCUGCCAGCUCAAAUGCCAUCCAUCCCGCGGACCCUUCGCUAAGCAUCGCCUCGUGCAGCCGCCGCCACCACCCGCGCCUGCCGAGGCCGCCUCAGCAUCCCCAGGCGCGGCCCAGGGCGCCCCCAGCGGAGGCGGCGGCUGCAAGAGCCCGGGGGGCGCCGGGGCGGCGGGGGGCAGCGCGGCCCGCAAGUUCCCUACGUGCCCCGAACACGAAAUGGAGAACUACAGCAUGUACUGCGUGAGCUGCCGAACCCCGGUGUGCUAUCUGUGCCUGGAGGAGGGCCGUCACGGCAAGCACGAGGUGAAGCCGCUGGGAGCCAUGUGGAAACAGCACAAGGCCCAACUGUCCCAGGCCUUAAACGGGGUUUCGGAUAAGGCGAAGGAAGCAAAGGAGUUUCUGGUCCAGCUGAAGAACAUCCUGCAGCAGAUCCAGGAAAAUGGGCUGGACUACGAAGCCUGCCUGGUUGCUCAGUGUGACGCUCUGGUCGACGCUUUAACUCGGCAGAAAGCCAAGCUGCUCACCAAGGUCACCAAAGAGAGGGAGCACAAGCUGAAGAUGGUGUGGGACCAGAUCAAUCACUGUACACUGAAGCUGCGCCAGUCAACGGGGCUGAUGGAGUACUGCCUGGAGGUGAUCAAGGAGAACGACCCCUCCGGCUUCCUGCAGAUCUCAGAUGCUCUGAUCAAGCGUGUCCAGGUGUCUCAGGAGCAGUGGGUCAAAGGCGCCCUGGAGCCAAAAGUGUCUGCGGAGUUUGACUUGACCUUGGACAGCGAGCCGCUGCUGCAGGCCAUCCACCAGCUGGACUUCAUCCAGAUGAAAUGUAGGGUGCCGCUCAGCCCCCUGCUGCAGCUGGAGAAGUGCUGUACCCACAACAACAGCGUCACGCUGGCCUGGAGGAUGCCACCCUUUACCCACAGCCCCGUGGACGGCUACAUCCUGGAGCUGGACGAUGGCGACGGGGGCCAGUUCCGGGAAGUGUAUGUUGGCAAAGAGACCCUGUGCACCAUCGACGGUCUGCAUUUCAAUAGCACCUACAACGCCAGGGUCAAGGCAUUCAACUCCUCCGGCGUCGGGCCUUACAGUAAAACUGUCGUCCUGCAGACGUCUGAUGUGGCCUGGUUCACCUUUGACCCCAACUCUGGGCACCGGGACAUCAUUUUAUCCAAUGACAACCAGACGGCAACGUGUAGCAGCUACGACGACCGGGUGGUGCUGGGCACGGCGGCUUUCUCCAAGGGCGUGCACUACUGGGAGCUGCACGUGGACCGGUACGACAACCACCCGGACCCCGCGUUCGGGGUGGCCCGGGCCAGCGUGGUCAAGGACAUGAUGCUGGGCAAGGACGACAAGGCCUGGGCCAUGUACGUGGACAACAACCGCAGCUGGUUCAUGCACUGCAACUCCCACACCAACAGAACGGAAGGUGGCGUGUGCAAGGGGGCCACUGUCGGCGUGCUCCUGGACCUGAAUAAGCACACUCUGACCUUCUUCAUCAACGGGCAGCAGCAGGGCCCCACCGCCUUCAGCCACGUGGAGGGGGUCUUCAUGCCGGCCCUCAGCCUUAACCGCAACGUGCAGGUCACCCUGCACACGGGACUGGAAGUGCCAACAAACCUGGGGCGGCCCAGGCUGUCCGGCAACUAG